UGCCGCUGGGCGUGGCCACGCCGGUGCCGGGGCCCGUGCCGGGGCUCGGGGCGCUCCUGUUUGCAGGGCGGCGGUGCGGGGUGCGAAGCUGCGGGAGUCGAUGCUGACCGUCGAACUCGCCGCCGCUGGAACCAUGUCCCAGCCCGAGGCGGAGCGGGCAGGCGGCGGCUCCGCGGUGGAGCCGGGGCUCCCCGGUAGGGCACCGCACCGUAACCGCGGCCGGAGGCCCUCGGGACGAGACUCCCGCCGCGCUUCCUCCCGCUUCAACCGGCGGAGUUCGGUGGAACUGGAGCUGCUGGGCUACCCGGGGCCGAGCGUGGGGUCACCGCCGCCGCCGGGCACCGCGGCUCACCGUGAGCCGGAGGAGACGGAGAGCGAGGAGGUGGAGACGCGCGCCGUGGCCACUUCUCCCGACGGCCGAUUCCUCAAGUUCGACAUCGAGAUUGGCCGGGGCUCCUUCAAAACCGUCUACAAGGGGCUGGACACGGAGACAACAGUGGAGGUGGCGUGGUGCGAGCUGCAGACACGGAAGCUGUCCAAGACAGAGCGGCAGCGCUUCAGUGAGGAGGUGGAGAUGCUGAAGGGGCUGCAGCAUCCCAACAUUGUUCGCUUCUACGACUCCUGGAAGUCAUCUGUCAAAGGGCAGAUCUGCAUUGUGCUGGUCACUGAGCUAAUGACAUCUGGCACCCUUAAGACCUAUCUGAAGCGGUUCAAGGAGAUGAAGCUGAAAGUACUGCAGCGCUGGAGCCGUCAGAUUCUCAAAGGGCUGCACUUCCUGCACACUCGCUCACCCCCCAUCAUCCACCGUGACCUCAAGUGCGACAACAUCUUCAUCACCGGCCCCACCGGCUCCGUCAAGAUCGGGGACCUGGGGCUGGCCACGCUCAAGCGUGCCUCCUUCGCCAAGAGUGUGAUAGGAACCCCUGAAUUCAUGGCUCCGGAGAUGUAUGAGGAGAAGUACGAUGAAGCGGUGGAUGUGUACGCUUUCGGGAUGUGCAUGCUGGAGAUGGCCACCUCGGAGUACCCCUACUCGGAGUGCCAGAACGCUGCCCAGAUCUACCGCAAGGUCACCUCAGUGAGUGCCUCAGGGCUGGAGGAAGGGGCAGUGUGGUGGGAGCUGCUGGACCUUGCUGCUCCUGAGGGCCUGAAGCCCAGCAGCUUCUACAAGGUGAAGGUGCCUGAGUUGAAGGAGAUCAUCGAGGGCUGCAUUCGCAUGGAUAAGGACGAAAGAUACACCAUCCAGGACCUGCUGGAGCACUCCUUCUUCCAGGAGGACACAGGGGUGCAUGUGGAGCUGGCUGAGGAGGAUGAUGGCAUUAAGUCAGGGCUCAAGCUGUGGCUGCGGAUGGAUGACACAAAGAAGCUGCAUGGCAAGUACAAGGACAACAAUGCCAUCGAGUUUCUCUUCGAGCUCUACAAGGAUGUGGCAGAGGAGGUGGCUCAGGAAAUGGUCGUCCUGGGCUUUGUCUGUGAGGCUGACUACAAGCUGGUGGCGAAGGCGGUGCGGGACCGCGUGGUCGCCAUCAAGCGCAAGCGGGAGAAACUGAAGCGUGCGCAGGAUGUGGUGCCACAGGCUGAGCUGGGGCAGGCGCCGGGCGUCCUGCAGCUGUUGGAGGACCUCAAGUCCCCACUGGCACCAGGCAUCCCUGCACCUGCCCCAGCCACCACCGGCUCCAGGGACUCUGUUUUCAGCAGCACCUUCCCACCAGAGCCUGAGGAACCUGAGGCUGACCAGCACUUCGUGUACCGGCACACGAGCUACUCCUCGGCCACCUCUGACUGCGAAACAGAUGGCUACUUGAGCUCCUCUGGCUUUCUCGACUCCCCAGACGUGUCUCAUCGCAGUGCUUCAAUGGGGACUCCCACUAGCCCCCCACCCACCCGCUCCACACGUUGCUUCCCCACGAGCAUUGCAGUGCAGCUACCCUCUGAGCGCCUGCCCACAGCCAGCGGCUUCUCUUCUCCAGUGGACAGCUAUGCCUCGGAUGUGGCAUCGGGCAUGAGCGACGGCUGUGAGGGGCUCUCUGCUGGUGAGCAGAGCAGCAAGCUGCCAGCCAAGCGGGCAGUGGGGAGGCUGCAGCGACGCAGAGCCCGGUCCCGGCUGCGCAUCACCAAUAUCUCCGACAAGAACGAUCGGGUGGUGGAGUGCCAGCUGCAGACCUACAACAACAAGAUGGUGACAUUCAAGUUCGACCUGGAUGGGGACAACCCAGAGGAAAUCGCAGCUGUCAUGGUCCACAAUGAGUUCAUUCUCAAGUCGGAGCAGGACAGCUUCAUCCACCGCAUUCAGGACAUCAUCCACCGUGUGGAGACUCUGCUGCGCAAGGACGGGCAAAGCGCAUCCGAGCCACCCGAGAGCCCCGAGGCUGUGUGUGUCACCGGCCAUCCUCAGGCAGAGCUGCAGCUGCAGGAGCUCUCACACUCCAUCUCCUCCUCCUCACUCAGUGACCUGGGCUGCACCAGCCCCAGCACCUCGCUCCAGUCACCCACCCUGCCAGCGCCGAGCAGCUCCCCAUUGGAGAAUGACCUCUCCAGCCCUGCAGAGCCACUGCCGGGCUCCCCUGCAGGCUCGGCGCAGCCCUGGCCUCUCAUCUCAUCAUCUCCAUCCUGGAUGACAGCAUCACCGGUGCUCCUACAGACACCCCCAGGCUCUUCAGGAAUGUCUGUUCCCCCUGCUCUGCCAGUCCCCUCAUCCCCCAUCCCCAGUGGACCCAGGAGUCCCAUGAGCCCCCCCGUGACCAGCACACCCUGGUCCCCAACCACCCCCCUCCUGUCCUUGGCCAAUGUCUUUUCCCUGGCAGUGAUGAGCGUGGCCCACACGCUACUGCCUGCUGUCUCCUCCAUUGCCAGCUCAGGUGGGCACCUCUACCCCCCGCUGCUGCCUCGGCCACAGAAUCUCGUCCUUGGGCCCCCACGCUUCGUUUACCCUGACCCUGCCAGUAUGGCAAAAUCCUCCCUGUCUUGCAGCGGGCCUCUGGGGGCUGACGUCCCUGCUAUGGAGGGGCCCGUGCCAUUCUCUCCUCCGACUGCAGUUCCUCUGUGCCCCACCGGAGGUCCCUUGACGAUGCCAAGCACAGUCAUGCCAGGGAGCCCGGAGGGCAGCACAGUGCCGUUUGUCUCCCUCAAGCCCGAUCACCCACUCAUCGUCUCAGAGUCGCCAGCAUCCAGUGUGCCCAAGGCCCGGCUGUCACCCAUCAAUGAAGAAGCCAAGCCCCAGAUCCUGGGCCGCUUCCAGGUGACACCAUCCAAGGAGCCAGCUGUCACAUCCCCAGUGCUGGGCAGCAGUGAGAGCAAGCAGCACGGCACAGAGUUGGCGGUGAGCAGCUCUCUGCUGCCCACCACCUCUGGCACAGGGAGCAGCACGAGCAGCAACUCUGACUCAGAGCUGGAGAUGGCAGUGCAGAACCCUGAGGAGGAGGCAGUAGCUGAGGAGGGGACAGCAGUGCCGGCAGAGAGUGACCGGGAGGGCCCUGGGGAGGAGAGUGCUCCGCAGACGGUGCUGAGCCAGGUAUGGCUGAGCCAGUCCCGCAGCUUGUCCUAUGUGAGCAGCGAUGACAGUGAGAGCGAGGACGAGGAGAUCUGGGAGGAGCUGCAGACCCUGCGCCAAAAGCACUUGGCUGAAGUACAGCUGCUGCAAAGCACCCAGAAGAAGGAGAUUGAGGAACUGUACCUGCGGAUGGGGAAGCAGCCCCCGCUGGGCAUCGUCUCCCCUGCUGCCAUGCUCUCCAGCCGCCAGCGCCGCCUCUCCAAGGGCAGUUUCAACCCCUCCCGCCGCAACAGCUUGCAGCGCCUGGAGUUGGCGCAGCCCCCAGGAAUCAUGCGCCGGAAUUCACUGAGUGGCAGCAGCACUGGCUCCCAGGAGCAGCGGCUGAGCAAGGGCGUGACAUUUGCAGAUGAUUUCAGCUGGAUGUAGCCAGCUGGCCAGGAGUUACUUCAUGAGCUACCUCAACAGUGUGCCUGCUGCCCCCGCAGGGGGUGAGAGAGCCUCUGCACCAUCUAGAAUGAUGGUGGGCACUCACCUCGGGAAGCCUGGCCCUUUGCCUUUCUGCACCCUAUCAAGACUUCACUGUUGGCACCUGCUGCUUCUGCACCAGACAGAGGGCUGUCCCCACACUUGUCCGAUAUGCUCUUUCCUGUGUGCCCCAGCCCUGUCUCAUCCCAGUGGCACACAGCCAUUUGCUUGAGCUUGGCCCCAGAAGCAGGAGGGAUGAGUGCUGACACUGCUCAUGGCAUCACUGUGCUGCACUUUGCUCCUGGCUCCAAGAGCAGAACUGAACACCCCUUGCAUCCACUUCACCCCUGCCACCGCGCUGUCCUGCAUCCAUCCUUCAGUCCACGUGCACAACCCAGGGCCACCUCACAGCUUCACCUCCGGCUCCCCAGCUGCUGUCCAUGGCUCAAAGUGCCACUUUCCUCUUGCAAGCUGCCAGGACCAAAGCUGGCUCCAGAGCAAGAUGAUGCCACCCUCAGCCCCCUAAAAAAUGACAGCCCAGUGCAUUUUGUUACAAACUGAAGUCUAGAAAGUGUUUUCAUAAAUACAGAUUAAAUACCAAGCA